AUGGUAGAGCACGUGCAGAAUAAACGCACACUGACAACAACCGCAAAAAGUGCCCGCAUCUUUGACGUGGGCCCGAUUUCUUCCAAGAGUCGCUUCAGUGCGGCCUCCAGCACGCUGCUGCACACCAAAGACAAGCUGUUUUUGCUCUACGAACGGAAAGAGGUCGACAAGCAACGCUUUGUGCUUGUGCGGCUGGACGACCAGCUGGAGCGCAUAAAGGAGGUGCCGGCGCAGUGGGAAGGGCUGGACAAUAACUCCUCCAAUUCCUGCAGGUCCUUGGGUGCGGCUGGCGCGUGUGACGGCUCCGCCCGCAGGAUCGUUUUUUUUGUCCAAUGCAGGCCCCGCCACCCACUGGAACGACGAGUACCUCGGCGUGGACGCAGCGGUGAGUGGCGCGACGAAGGCCGCGGACGGCUUUGA